CUGCUUUCAGUGCUUUCCUGCCAGCCGUUCGGCCCGUCGGUGUUCAGUUUUGUACCUUUUCAUUUGGUUUCCUGUCAUAUCCAAUAAAAAGGGGAGCCCCUUCCGAAAAAGACCAUAAAACCGCCUGUCAUGCCUUAGUACUCACCGACUUGCAGUAUUUCUUCCUCCGGGCCGGACUCGCAAGCAAAUGUAUUACCUCUGCGUAUUCGUAGGAUGUGCAUGGUGAUUUAUGGUUCAGAAGAAUCAGUGUGUAGAAAAAGUGAUGGAGUUGCGACUGCACAGUCCCGUCGGAGCGGAAGCGGUCGUCUACCAAUGGCCUCUGACCUCGGGACGUGGACCUGAUAAGCAUGACAGCGCUCUUGAAAUUGUCGAGACAAUAAGAUGGGUUCUUGAGGACUUCCCCGAGUUGAAACUGCCACUCGAGAACAACAUCCUUACCAACUUCGACACUAAAAGUUUCGACAGCAUGAAGAGCCUCUGUGAUCGUUUCAACAGGGCAAUCGACAGCAUGGUCGCUUUGAGCAAAGGCACUUCCUUGAGCCAGAAGAUGGCGCAGAAAAAUCCGUCUCGAGGUCUUCUAAGGCACAUCCUCCAGCAAGUAUACAAUCAAGCCGUUUACGAUCCGGAAAAGUUGAACCAGUACGAGCCGUUCUCGCCCGAGGUGUACGGAGAGACGUCUUUCGAUUUGGUCUGUCAGAUGAUCGAUCAGAUCAACAUCUCGAAAGACGACAUUUUCAUCGACUUGGGAUCCGGAGUCGGCCAGGUCGUCCUCCAGAUGGCGGCGGCCACACCUUGCAAAAUAUGUCUCGGGGUCGAAAAGGCGGACGUGCCGUCCAAGUACGCCGAGGGUAUGAACAAGAACUUCCGCAAGUGGAUGGGCUGGUACGGUAAGAAAUUCGGCGAGUACAAGCUCAUCAAAGGUGACUUCUUAACGGAAGAGCACAGGGAGAAGAUCAUCUCGGCGUCCAUAGUCUUCGUCAACAACUUCGCCUUCGGACCGACCGUUGACCACAUGCUCAAAGAGAGGUUCGCAGACCUCAAAGACGGAGCGAGGAUCGUCUCCUCCAAGUCCUUCUGCCCGCUCAAUUUCAGGAUCACGGACCGGAAUCUUUCAGAUAUCGGCACAAUCAUGCACGUUUCCGAGAUGACACCCUUAAGAGGAUCUGUAUCAUGGACAGGAAAACCCGUCUCCUAUUAUUUGCAUGUUAUUGACAGAACUAAGCUGGAAAGGUAUUUCCAACGGCUGAAGAACCCGAAAACUAAGGGCAUAGGGAGGAGGAAGUGCAGUCCCCCUAGUAGAUACGUCUCGUCUCAAAUGAAGAGUGCAAGAAUAAUUGCCACUCAAGUUUCGAGAAAACAACAAUUGGGACGAACUUUAUCCAAGAGCGCCAAUGUUAGUAAUGGGAAUGAUGAGACGACCGAGAAUCCAGUAGGAAGAAGAUCGGCUGCUAGGAAUAACAACAAAGCGAUUGAAUGGAGUUCAGAAGAGGAUGUGACGUCUGAUAGCAGCGAAACGCCUAGAGUGACGACGAGAAAGGCCUGGUCUGAUUAUUGCACCAAAGGCCGGUCGUCACAAAGUGAUGAGGACAACAAUAACAUGUUUCCGAUAGAUAAAGGACGCAAUCGUACUGGAAAAAAGAAAUUGCGAAGGAAAUUACCCCGAUCUGGCAAAAACACCCCAGUCUAUUCGGCCCCUCCGAUGAGAGCCAUGGCUCCAGCGAAACGCACCAAGGCAAAGACAAAGAAAGGAAAGCAGAAGAAAACAAUCAAAAUCAGUGGAUUGGAUCUCCUUCACAAUGAAACAUUGCUCAGUACUUCUCCACAAGCUAAUGGGAAGAAGCCGCCCCCUGCCCCUGGGUGUGUGGAUCAACAGCUUACAUCGCUCUUGGCUGCUGGAACAAGUUUACCUGUUCACGAAGAACUCGAGAUACCUAAAGCACCUGCCAAUACGCCGUAUUCUCUUCAGAUACUUCUAGACUUAUACAAGGAUCAGAUGAUGCAGAUGAUCGACACAAUGAAAAAACCAGAUUUCAAGGAAAACGUUCAGUCCCAAGUCGCCAUAGAAAAGGAGCGCAAUCAAAAACUUACAUGCAGAGCCGCUCAGUUGGAUAAACAAAUUAAAGUCUUGAUUGAUGACAGCGUUGCCCUUUUGAAAGUCCGUAUGAAUGAAUUGGGCAUAAAUGCUUCGACGCCCGCCGACUUGUUAUGCAAAGCGAAAGAGAUAGUCAUGAGGCAUAAAGAACUACAAGCGCAGGCGAGCAAAUUACAGAUUCAGGUGGCCAACUUGGAAGAAAACAAUGCUAGACUCUUCAAUGACAGGCAUCAGGAGCUUUCAGAGACAGCUCGAAAAGCAGGAAUCACAACUCCCUUGACUCAAGAACACUUACUCCAGGAAAUCUUAUCAACAAUGACACAACGAAAGAAACUACAUUCUCAAGUUAAUAAACUUGAAACAGAGCUGACCUCAUUGCAACAACGAACUCAUACAAAUAAGGAAUCAAAACCGUCUAAUGACAAAUUGCCUAAUGCGGCGAAGCAGAGUAGAAAAAGUCGUGAUCACCGUUGUCGUUCUCAAGAUUGGCCUGAUGUUCCGGAUGUGGAAAAGAUCGAAGAAGAAAAUCCUGAACUUCUUGCGAAAAAGAUUUUGGCUACUGGAAGAAAGAUAGAAGAAGGGAGGUUUAAGGAUUCGCCUAAAACUAAGGAUCUACACCCAAUACCGAUAUCACCCAAGCCCAAGGAGCUACCGCCAGUUCCUAUAUCGCCGAGACCUAAGGACCUCCUCCCAGUGCCCAUAUCGAGACCGCCUCAGCAAAUAAGAAGUUCAUCUGGUAAGGUGCAGACUCAUCCGCAUUCGCAUCAUGCACAACAGCUACAGUUACAGCAACAAUCACAAGUUUUGUAUCACCACCAUCAACAGCAGCAACAGUUACAACAAUUGCAUCACCAUCACCACGUUCAUCAACCGAACCAGCUGACCCAGCAGCCGCACCAACAGCCUACUACGAGCAAUGCGGGAUUCACGUCAAACCGUGCCCAAGAGCCGCCCCGAGUAGCAAACUUUGAAGACCGCCUCAAGAGCAUUAUAACGACCGUUUUGAACGAAGACCAACAUGCGAGAACACAAGCGGGCGCCAAAGAAAAAGAAAGGGAACGGGAGCGUGAAAGAGAGAGGGAACAGAAGGAAAGAGAUAGGGAACGAGAAAGGGAACGGGAAAAAGAUCGCGAAAAGGAGAGGAAAAGUACACCAGCAUUUGUACCACCGUUACCGACACAUCAAGCUCAGCCUGAUUACACCCAGGUUUCUCCCGCGAAACUUGCUCUUAGACGGCAUUUAUCACAAGAAAAACUGGCUGCCUCACAGCAUCCUCCCAUCCCUUCAAACAGCAGCGGUAUAGUAGGCACGAGAACAAUCGGUGACCUGGUUAAUGGAGAAAUUGAAAGGACAUUGGAGAUUUCAAAUCAAAGCAUCAUUAAUGCUGCAGUAGACAUGAGUACAACUCCUUCUCAUAGCUCUGUCUUGAACAUGCACGUACCUGCAAGACCUGAAAGGGUUUCCCCUCCAGUGCCUCAAGGAUAUUCUCAUGCAAGACAUCCUUUGCCACAUCAUGUUGCUACACCGAAUAGUUCGAGCAGAUACACACCUGUUCAACUUCCACGCGCCGAGUUGAAGCCAUACCACGAGUCUUAUUUCUCCGAUGUCAAACCUUAUCCUCGAGAAGAGCCAGUCGAAGGGCUUGCAGCUACUCUCCACGCCAGGAUUUUAAACGGAGAGGAAGUCAAACAGGAAGAUCUGUCGUUACCGCAUUAUGAAAACCCUAUGCUUGAAAUAAAGACAGAACCGGGGAACACGCUGAGGAAGCGCCCGAGUCCUCAUAUAUUUUCCCCUGUGAAAAGGCAACAUUUGGAUCCGGAUUUGCCGCCUUGCUCGACUCUCCUAUCUCCCCACCGACCCGAAGAAGGCUUGGAGAAGUGGCAAGACAAGAUCAGUUCCGGAUUCGAUCGGCUGGUGGCGUUCGCGUCGACAGAGCUCGAUAAACGCAGGAGGAGCACCGAAGGUGGAGUCAGUUGCAACACGAGCCCCGAUUCGGGAAUCGGUCAUUGUGAGUCAUCUCUUAUUAAGGAUGGAAAAAAAAAUAGGGGGCCGCCACAGUUAUAUAGACAUGUAACACCAGAAAGGGAUUCUCCUCCUGUUUUAGAAUUACCACAUGGGCCCCCAAGGACUCCAUCGCCUUCUUCGCCCCCACCACCACUUCUCCCACUUGAUGGACCUUAUUCUCCGGUACCAGCUUUAAGUCCCCCAUCACUGCCACUCCGUUACCAAAGAUCGUCGGAUCACCGCCAUUUCAAGAAGAACUUUCUAAUGUUUAAUAAUAAUUUGUGCAAUUAAGACUACAUAACAUUUAAAUUAAGAGUAUGAUGCAAAUUAUUAUUCAAAUGUUUUUUGAAUGUGUGUGUAAAUGAAUUUUGUGUAAAUCCAAAAUUGCCUUUGGGUUAAAAAUUAAAAGUUUUCCAAUGUGAAAAAUGAAUUUAUUGUCAGUAGCAAUAUUUAAAAUUUGAUGUAUAGGUGUUUUCAACAACUUUUGACCAUAAGUUUUAAACUAUGAUACUUUUUAAGAUCUCCAAAAAAAAAAUUUUUUUUAAUUGCAAACGGUCAUUGCUACUACAUACUAAUAAUUGUUUGCAUGGAAACUGCUAAGGAUGUGUGUACAUUUUUUUUAAACACUUAUGUAUAUUUUGAAUAAUAAAUUAUAUACUUAGCAGUUUUGUACCAAACAAUUCAUGUAGAUACUAGAUAAAUUAAAUAUUCCUAUUUAUUUGGUGUUUAAAGACAUUUCAAAUUUUGUGUUCAUCAGAUUUUAAGGGAAUAACUCUUCAGAUGUUUUUCAUCGUUGAUGCUUCUUUAUCAUUAUCAAUCACUUGUUUUAUUUCUUUUUUUUUAUCCUUCCAAAUUCUUACCAUCCAUUUCUUUAUCCUCUUUUUGUACCAUACCACUGAGCAUUUUGUAAUAGUGGGGUUACACAUUGAUUGUUUUGAUAACCAUUUGUGAUUAAUAACUGUAAUGGAGUGUUCUCUAUUACAAUAUAUAUUUUGUAUAACUAAUAUGUUAACUUUUUAAUAGUUACCAAUUUAAUAUUUUAUGUUCAGUUAUGUUGUUAAUUGGAUUUACGAUUAUUAUUGAACUCUUGAUAGUACAACAUUGAUUCUGAGUUUGCUUUAAUCCCUCCAUCAUUUUUUAGAUUUAAUGUAUAAAUAAUUGUACAUUUUUUAGAUACUAUUUUGUAUAGACUAUAAUAUCGCUGACUUAUCUUUUUAACACUGCCAUAUACUCUGUGUUCUAUAUUUAAGAUGUAUGGAAAUUCUGUCGUAUAAAAUUAAAGUCAUGUCUUUUGUAUAACAACUCUUUUUUUUGUCUUCUUUUUUUCUAAAUAUUCUGUACAGUUUAUAUUGUUUCCUCAAAAACAUUAAUAAAAAUAAAUAAAUUGGGCUCUCGAA